AUGAACUCCAUUUCAGCUGAUCGUCCUCAGACUGUCAUAGUCACAGAUCCCACAGCCAAAGUGAUGUUCACAGGAGAAACUGUUAGCUUAGCUUGUGACAUCAGGAAAGGGUCUGGCUGGAGAUAUUCAUGGAGCAGAAACACCCAGGGAAGAUUAGAGAGCCUCUAUGCCCGUGCAACUGAAAGCCAACAAAAGCACAUCCUGCACUCAGUAAGAGAGUCAGACAGUGGAGAGUACCUGUGUCAGGGUGAACGAGGACAAAACCCUGUGAUCCAGUCUUUCCCAGGAACACUUGUGUUAAAUGUGUCUGGUGAAAAGCCUUGGCCUGUUAUUACCCAGAAUCCCCCCAGUGGAGAAAUUUACACAGGAGAGAGAGUCACCCUGAGCUGUGGGUUUGGGGGAGAUCCUGCUGACUGGGAGUAUCUCUGGUACAAAGACAUACUGAGACAUACUGUGCCCAACACUGACAGCAGCAGGACUGAUGGGUCCAGUUUCACCAUCAGCUCUGCUGCUCUGGCCCACAGUGGAGAGUACCGGUGUGGAGCUGCAAGAGGAAGAAAACCUUUUUACUCAGUCUACAGUGAUCCUCUGACUUUAGAAAUAUCUGAGGUCUUCCCCGCUGAAACAGUGACUCUGAGAUGUGUAAUUCAGGGCAGCUCUACAGACUGGAUGUAUAAAUGGUACAGAGAUGGACAGGAGCUUCCUGUAGACAAAGCUGACUCCAGCAGUGUAAAUGGAGACACAUACACAAUCCUCUCUGCUGAUCAGUCACAUUCUGGACUGUACACCUGCAGAGGAGAACUUACAAGGAGAGCAUCUGUGCACUCUCUGAUUGGCAGCUCUGCUACAUUGAGUGUACGAGGGGGAAAACCAAAACAUGUUCUUACCCAGAAUGCCCCCAGUAGAGUGAUGUACACAGGAGAGAGAGUCACCCUGAGCUGUGGGUUUGGGGGCGACCCUGCUGGCUGGGAGUAUCUCUGGUACAAAGACCCACUGAGACACACUGUGCCCAACACUGACAACAGCAGGACUAAUGGGUCCAGUUUCACCAUCAGCUCUGUUGCUCUGGCCCACAGUGGAGAGUACCGCUGUAGAGCUGCAAGAGGAAGAAAACCUUUUUACUCAGACUACAGCGAUCCUCUGACUUUAGAAAUAUCUGAAAUAAAACGUUUAAACAACAUCUCUUCAAUGAUCUCCAUUUCAGCUGAUCGUCCUCAGGCUGUCAUAGUCACAGAUCCCCCAGCCGCAGUGAUGUUCACAGGAGAAACUGUUAGCUUAGCUUGUGACAUCAGGAAAGGGUCUGGCUGGAGAUAUUCAUGGAGCAGAAACACCCAGGGAAGAGUAGAGAGCCUCUAUGCCCGUGCAACUGAAAGCCAACAAAAGCACAUCCUGCACUCUGUAAGGGAGUCAGACAGUGGAGGGUACCUGUGUCAGGGUGAACGAGGACAAAACCCUGUGAUCCAGUCGUUCCCAGGAUCACUUGUGUUACAUGUGUUUGGGGGAAAGCCAAGGCCUGUUAUUACACAGAAUCCCCCCAGUGGAGAGCUGUACACAGGAGAGAGAGUCACCCUGAGCUGUGGGAUUGGGGGAGAUCCUGCUGGCUGGGAGUAUCUCUGGUACAAAGACACACUGAGACACACUGUGCCCAACACUGACAGCAGCAGGACUGAUGGGUCCAAUUUCACCAUCAGCUCUGCUGCUCUGGCCCACAGUGGAGAGUACCGCUGUAGAGCUGCAAGAGGAAGAAAACCUUUUUACUCAGACUACAGUGAUCCUCUGACUUUAGAACUAUCUGGUGAGAAUGAUUAA